AUGGCUGCUAUGAUCACACCAGUUAGUCCCAUCAGUGCGGAGCCUUCUGAGCAAGAGCUUAUCCAUUCAGUUGAAUGUUUACCUUCUCAACCUGUUAACCGACCGAUAAACCACAUUUCCGAACUCUCAACACUCGCGACUAUUGAUGAUGAGCAUAAUUCAGAGGUCGUACUUUUAACUCAAAGGAAUUUAGAGCUACUUGCAAAACAGCGUGCCACACCUGACUCGUCGCCCACCCUAGUAUCAUCAGAGGAGGAUGGAAAGGGGAAUAGGGUACAUACAAAGGUGGAUCAAGAUUCUACACGGGGCAUGCGAAGUGCCUCUCUCUCUCAAUCUUCAUUUGCAGGGCCGGCAAUUUCACCAAUCAUUGAAGAACCACGCUCAGCUGAAACACUUACAACAACAUAUACUCCUCACCAAUGCGCACUAGGGAUUGACUGUUUGCUGGAAAUAAACAAUUUAAACUAUCAUCGUAUUCUUGCGACCAGCCUAGUCACUAGAGCUAGGCUAGCACGCCUCUCUGUUCGUCCCAUUGACCCCGACGAUGAUUAUGAUGACAUCACAAGUCUUAGGGGACUCUCUAGGCACAGCGCCAAACUACUACAAGAAAAGUAUCUGAAAAUGCUCAGGCAUGUCAACGACCACUUUGAGAGGUUCAAUUUGACACACCGCCCAACAACAAGUACAGAAAUGCUCAACUUCGUGAAUGUAAUGAAGGAAAUACCAUUCCCGGAGUACUGGGAAACGGAAAGACGAUAUCUCGAGAGCCCGGGCUGCCUUUGGGAGAGACAGAAAGCAGCAGUUUCGAUUGAACCUCCGCCUUGUUUUUCUUCUGAAGUUGGCAACCACGAAUUACCUGGUCCUAAACCACACAGACGACUAGCAGGCAAAAGGAAGCUGAUAGAGGUUUACCCGAAGAACCAAGAACCCCUGCCAAAACGCCGCAAAAGUGGUACGUAUAUCACCUAA